CUACCAUUAAAAUUUCCACUUGCACCACGCACGUGCUAUGGCCGCUGCAGCAAACAAGCCGCCCCCUGCGCUGCUCGCCGUCGCGGCCGCGGCCAUCGCCUGCAUCCUGCUCGCCGCGGACGCGGCCUCGGCGGCGGGCCAUCAGUACCAGCUGCAGCGGCGGCGGCCGGUGCACCUGCGGAUGUACAUGCACGACGUGAUCUCCGGGCCGGGGCAGACGGCGAUCCGGCUCAUCUGGGGCGUGGGCCCGCCGCACGCGUCCAUGCCGGGCAGGACCUUCGGCGACACGGUGGCGGUGGACGACCUCGUGACGGAGGGGCCCCGGAUCGACUCGCCGGCGGUGGGGCGGGCGCAGGGCACGUACAUGCUCAGCUCCCAGCGCGAGGCCGUCCUGGUGGUGGCCGUCACCGUGGCGCUCACCGCGGGGCCCUACAACGGCAGCACCUUCGUGGUGGCCGGCCGCGACCGGGUCCGCGACGAGACGAGGGAGCUCGCGGUGGUCGGCGGCACGGGCGCGCUCCGGGAGGCCACUGGGUACGUGCUGUGGAGGACGGCCAAGGUGUGGUCGGAGAUUCACAUGGCGCUGGAGCUCGACGUGCACGCGUCCCUGCCGCCGCCGCCGCAGGAAGACGGCGCCGCAGCUACCGAAUGGCUCCAUGGACAAAUGCCGGCAAAUAACCCCAUCGCCACCGCCGGCGGCGACGCCAUCUAUCCAAACAAAGCCUGUUGUCUAGACCGGUUGCGAUGAGGAGGAAGAGUACUCCGACCCUCCAAACGACAAGCUCAUCCGGACAGGUUGCUGCUGCCAAAGCAUUAUUAAUAUAUUGUCUCCAUACUGUAUAAAACAAAAAUUAUUCCAGGGGCUCAAUCAGCUGUCCCCUUGACACCAACUUAAUUAUCAUAGUAUAAUGAAUGAGGAUAAUUUGUCUCUUGCAUAAAACAUGCUGGUACUAAUUUGAGACCCCCAAGAGAAUAUAAACACCAUUG